CGCGACGGAUCGCUCCUCGGGUCUCUUUCUGCCUUCCCCUCUCCCGGGCCUGGAUGCGGCCGGGCCCGGGCCGAUUGCGGUUUGCCUCCUCCCGGGCCGGUCUCCCCGCGAGACCCAGGGGCCCCAUGUGAGAAAGACGGAGGCGGGAAGAUGACCUCGAGGAGAUGGUUUCACCCCAAUAUUACCGGAGUGGAAGCAGAGAACCUGCUCUUGACCAGAGGAGUUGAUGGCAGCUUUCUGGCUCGGCCCAGUAAAAGCAACCCUGGGGACUUCACCCUUUCAGUCCGGCGCAAUGGGGCGGUCACUCACAUCAAGAUCCAGAACACCGGCGACUACUAUGACCUCUACGGGGGGGAGAAGUUUGCCACGUUGGCGGAGCUGGUCCAGUAUUACAUGGAACACCACGGACAGCUCAAGGAGAAGAAUGGGGACGUGAUCGAGUUGAAGUACCCCCUCAACUGUGCAGAUCCCACUUCUGAAAGGUGGUUCCAUGGUCACCUCUCUGGAAAGGAAGCAGAAAAGCUGCUGACGGAAAAAGGGAAGCACGGCAGCUUUUUAGUCCGCGAGAGCCAAAGCCAUCCCGGAGACUUCGUCCUUUCUGUCCGGACCGGGGAUGACAAAGGCGAGAGCAACGAUGGGAAGUCCAAAGUCACGCACGUCAUGAUCCGUUGCCAGGACUUGAAGUAUGACGUUGGAGGAGGGGAGAAGUUUGACUCCUUGACGGACCUCGUUGAGCAUUACAAGAAGAACCCCAUGGUGGAGACUCUGGGGACCGUUCUUCAGCUGAAGCAGCCUCUCAACACUACCCGCAUCAACGCAGCUGAGAUUGAGAGCCGAGUGCGAGAACUGAGCAAGUUGGCUGAAACUACCGACAAAGUGAAGCAAGGCUUUUGGGAAGAAUUCGAGACCCUCCAGCAGCAGGAAUGUAAGCUCCUCUACAGCCGGAAAGAAGGGCAGCGGCAGGAAAACAAGAACAAGAACCGAUACAAAAACAUUUUGCCUUUUGACCACACCCGGGUCAUCCUUCACGACGGUGAUCCAAACGAGCCGGUUUCGGAUUACAUCAAUGCCAACAUCAUCAUGCCAGAGUUUGAGAACAAGUGCAACAGCGCCAAGGGCAAGAAGAGCUACAUCGCCACCCAGGGCUGCCUGCAGAACACGGUGAACGACUUCUGGCGGAUGGUCUUCCAGGAGAAUUCCCGGGUGAUCGUCAUGACCACCAAGGAAGUGGAGAGGGGAAAGAGCAAAUGCGUGAAGUACUGGCCGGACGAGCACGCCCUGAAGGAAUACGGCGUGAUGCGUGUCCGUAACGUCAAAGAGAGCACAGCUCACGACUACACGCUGCGGGAGCUCAAGCUCUCCAAAGUUGGGCAGGGCAACACCGAGCGGACGGUGUGGCAGUAUCACUUCCGGGCUUGGCCUGACCACGGGGUGCCCAGCGAUCCUGGCGGCGUCCUGGACUUCCUAGAGGAGGUGCACCACAAGCAGGAGAGCAUUGCCGAUGCUGGUCCGGUCGUCGUCCAUUGCAGUGCCGGAAUCGGUCGGACUGGGACCUUCAUUGUGAUCGAUAUUCUCAUUGACGUCAUCCGUGAGAAAGGGGUGGACUGCGACAUCGACGUCCCAAAGACCAUCCAGAUGGUGAGGUCACAGCGGUCAGGGAUGGUGCAGACAGAGGCCCAAUACCGGUUCAUUUACAUGGCAGUCCAGCAUUACAUUGAGACGUUGCAGCGCCGGAUUGAGGAGGAGCAGAAGAGCAAGCGGAAAGGACACGAGUACACCAACAUCAAAUACUCCUUAGCGGAUCAGGCCAGCGGAGACCAAAGUCCUCUCCCACCGUGUACUCCCACUCCGACCUGUCCCGAGAUGAGGGAGGACAACACCACGCGAGUUUAUGAGAACGUCGGUCUGAUGCACCAGCAGAAAACCUUCAGAUGAGACGAGAGCGAGAGCUUCCUCGUGAGGAAGG